AGACGAGGAAUGCAUUGCCUGAAAAGUUGGUGGAAGCAGAGUGAAAUAUAAAACAAACUUUUAAAAGGGAUGUUGAUAUCCCAUCGAAAAAGUAAAAUUUGUGGGGCUGUUAAUAGGAUUGAGACAGCUUUUUAAUUUGCCACGGGUUGGUGAAUGACCUCCCGUCAAUCGUAACCUGAGAAUAUUUAAGCAUUCCCUCGCAGGUACACAUUUAACAUCGCGAAAUGAUAGAAACAAAAAUCAGGGGGUUUCUUUGUGUGGAAUUUUAGGACGGGAGGGUUUGCGAAAGCACAUUUCAACGUUGAGCCGGGGGUUUCAACGUCGCCUCCACACCAACCUGAGGAUGAACUCAAUUCGAGUGAGCGACCGCUCCCCUCCCUCCACUUGCUGGGGAUGCUGGAGAGAGCGAGGUAGCAGCAGCAGCAGCAGCAGGACCGCGGGCUGGAGGAGCGGCCAGGCUCUCAGUCCCUCCCCUUCGCCUGGUUAAGAGUACGCAGGAAUUUCCGGCGGUUCACGCCCUUGCGGGAGAAGAGAGGGACGAGUCGCUGAUUUUUCUUACCUGGCAGCGGGAGGUUGUGGAGCCACCUGAUCGCCCGGAGACUGUGUCCUGUUUCUCUCGCAUUGCUCCUUCUUUUGUUAUUUUGUUGCAAAUUGUAUCCAGUUUCCCCCUUGUUAUACAGCUCCCCAAGAGGAGGACGGGGAAGAAGCAGCAGCAGCAGCAGAAGAAGGAAUCAUGUCUGGUCCCAACUCAGCGACGAUUGAUACAGUGAAGAGAAAAAUCCAGUUCCUGCAACAACAGGCGGAUGAGGCGGAGGAGAGAGCAGAGCUGCUGCAGCGGGAGCUGGACAGUGAGCGCCAGGCCAGGGACAGAGCGGAGUCUGACGUGGCUUCCUUGAGUAGACGUAUCCAUUUGGCUGAAGAAGAGUUGGAUUCCGCUCAAGAGCGUCUGACUGCUGCCUUGCAGAAAUUGGAGGAGGCUGAAAAAUCAGCAGAUGAGAGUGAACGAGGGAUGAAAGUUGUGGAGUGCAAAGUCUUAAAGGCUGAGGAGAAAAUAGAAAUACAAGAUAUGCAGCUGAAGGAAGCUAAACAUGUUGCAGAGGAGGCAGACCGUAAAUACGAAGAGGUGGCGCGAAAACUCGUUGUUCUUGAAUGUGAUCAGGAGCGAACUGAGGAACGUGCAAGGGUGUCAGAAAGUCGGGCACGGCAAUUGGAAGAGGAGCUUAAAGUAAUGGACCAGAGCUUGAAAUCGUUAAUGGCCUCAGAGGAAGAGUAUGCUUUGAAAGAAGAUAAAUAUGAAGAAGAAAUCAGGCUGCUAACAGAUAAGCUAAAAGAGGCAGAAACUAGAGCUGAGUUUGCUGAAAGAUCUGUAGCAAAACUGGAGAAGACAGUGGAUGAUUUGGAAGGAGAAAAGAGACGAGCCUAUCAUUCCUACCCUGAUAAGUAUACCCAUGCAUGCCUGCCCUGUGAUUCCCUCUGCACCCAAAAGUGCCUCCAUAACUUUUUUAUAGUAUGGGGUGAUCAGAACUGCAUGUGGCACUCGUGUGGUUUGAUAUAGGUUGAGCAUAACUUGCUACGAUUUUAUUGUAUCCCUCUAGAAAUUGAGCCUAAUGCUUGGUCUCCUUUUUGAAAUGACCUUAUUAACAUGUUAAGGAAUUUAGACUUUGAGAUCCUGUUGUUCCUUUACCUCUCCUAGACUUGCAUAUCCCAAGUUACCUGACUACCCUGUUGUUCCUACCUGCCUGUUUUGAACUUUGUUUGCCAAUUAGUUGCGUAUUCUGCAAGUUUUAGCGACCUUCUGCCAUUGGUUGCAGUCGUCUUCAGUAUUAAUUACCUUCCCCGUUUUCGCAUUCAUGAAUUUAGAUUUUUGACUUCAGCAUUGAAUUUUUACUGUUCAGAAUUACAUUCAAUGAUCGCAGUUCAGAUCCUUAUCGGACACUACUUCCCACUUUCUGCCACUGUUUAUUCAUAUACUCUGUCUUCUGCCAUAAAGCCAGCUGGCAAUCUGUUCUGCCACUUGUCCCCUCGGUCCAUGGUUUCUGAGCUUAAUAAUCUAUAAUGUUCUGGUGGAAUUAUUCAUGGGUGAAUGUUGUCACUGACCAUGUAUCUAAAAAUUAAUCUAACAAAAAAAAACUAAAAUAGGAAGUGUUAUUACAUUUGUACAGUGUGUUGGUGAGACUGCACUUUGAGUACAGUGUACGGUUAUAAUCGUCUUGAAAGGAUAUACUUGCAUUCAUCUGGUGAAGGAAGGGUUUGUCACAUGAGGAAAGGUUGAGCAGAUUAGGUCCGUACUCACUGGAGUUUAGAAGGGUGAGCAGAGAUCUUAAAGCAAAUAAGAUUCUGAAGUGUAGCUGCUACGUGAUGUUUCCCCCUAAUAGAGCAGAUUAGAACUGGGGGACACAGCUCAAGGAUAGGAGGUCUCCAUUUUAAGAUGGAGGUGAGGAUUUGUUGUGUUUCUUAUUAAGUCUCUCUUCAACAUCAUUCCUUCCAGGAAUGAUUAAUUUGUAUAUUUAGUUGUGAAGGUGAUGAGCAGUUUUUAUUGAGAAGGGUGUUAUGAAAUUGUGGACUUAAGACAGGCCUGUUGGAUUGCAGGGUCAGAAAAGAUAAUAGAUUCCACCAUCAUCCUCUGUGAGCAAGAGGGACGAGAAAAUGAGCUUUGUUUUAAAAUGAAAUUUUAAACUUGUCUCUCGAAGCCUGCAGUGCAGCUGAAUUUGUUUUUAUUCUUGGAAUGUGAUUAUCACUGGCAAGAUUAACAUUUGUUGCACCUUCUUAACUGUCCUGGAGUUGCCACCUUAUCAAGGGAAAUUAGGGAUGGCAUGUGUACAGUUCUGAUAUAUUUAAGUGGAAACUGUGAACUGAUCAGGAGGCAUGAUUACAAAUAUGUCACCAAAAACCGAACAAUCAUCUCAACAAGUGACUGAAUGCAAAGGAACAUUUAGCAGAAACAAUUUCAUUAAGUGAACUUGCAUUUUAAUAAAUUCUAGUGGAUACCAGUUAAAAUUAAAUGUUUUCACUUCAUUACUGGAGGGAGAGGGGACAUGUUUGUCUGCUGAGCUAUAGCCAAUGCUCAUGCUUAGGUUAGCUGGGGAGAUGGCUAAGUGUGUGGUGCAGAGUGAUGCCACCUGCAUGGGUUCAACCUCUGUGCUGUCUGUGGUAGUUCAGUGGUCUGCCUCUUGCCUUAUCCUUUACUUAAUAUGGGUUGAUGCCCCUUGAGCCAAGAAACCAAUUGAGUCUCUCUUGCUUGCCAGUGAUCCUUCAGAUCAUUCUUGGUCUUUUUUAUGAAAAAGCAGAGGCUUGGAAUCUUGCAGUGAGUAACUCUAUCUCCUGACUCUCCAAAGCCAGUCUACCAUCUACAAGUGUGAUGACAUCUUCUCCACUUGCCUGCAUGAGUGCAGCUCCAGCAACCCUCAAGAAGCUUGACACCAUCCAGGACAAAGCAGCCUGCCAACAUUCCCCAACAUCCCCUCCCUCCAUCACUGAUGCUCAGCACCAGCAGUGCCAUCCACAAGGUGGACUGCACUAAUUCACUGAAGCUCUUCAGACAGCACCUUUUGAACCAUGACCGUACCAUCUAGAAGGACAAGGGCAGGAACGACACUCACCACCCGGACUUGAGAAUAUAUUGCUGUUCCUUUAGUGUUGCUAGCUUAAAAUUCUAGAACCUCCCUCCCUUAAUGCAUUAUUAAGAAGGUAGCUCACCAAGAUCUCCUCAAGGGUAACUAGGGACAGGCAGUAAAUGCUGGCCCAGUCAGCAACACCCACAUCUCGUAAGUGAAUCUUUUAAAAAUUAAGCUAUCAUUCAGGUUUUUGUUAUUUGAUGUCUUUGUAAAAUUCUUCUCUCUGUUUGCUGAGUCAACACCCUCCUGUUUACAGUAGUCUAAAAAUCAGGUCAAGGGUACAAAUUGUAACCUGCGUGAAUAGUUUCCUGAUAUUUGGCUCAGAAGAUUGUAGAACCAUGAUGUAGUUUCCCUGACUCUGCUCCCCAGCCCCAGCUGUCUGAUGCCUGUUUCACUGCACCAAGCAGGAAUACAUUUGGUCUGAGUUUCCAAUAGUUAAACUUGCCCUAAGCUCCAGAUAUCCUCUAGAAUUUUGUUUAUUUUUCUAAAUUCUUGUAGUUUUUUUCCCUGUGUUUUGCUUUUUGUAACUCAUUCAUUAAUUGGUUUAAUAUUGUACAGAGACGACUAUGAAACCACACUCAGUUAGAAGCCUACUACACUCCCAGUUCAAUAAUUU